AUUUAAGUAGCUCAUUUCCCCUUUCAUUUUCUUUCUUUCUUCAGUCUUACAAAAACAACUUCUUUAUUUAUAUGAAGCUCUCUUCUGUCUUAUCUCUUGUUGCCACCGUUGGUCUUUGUCUCCUACAUUCCGUCUCAGAGGCAUCACCUAUUGCUUCUUUACAAGAACGUGCUGCGUCCUCUAACAAAGUUAUUGUUGGAUACUUCCCUAACUGGCUUUACGGUCGCUAUCCUCCUUCUCAGAUUGACUUUUCAAAGUAUACUCAUAUCUAUUAUGCUUUCGCCAUCCAAAACACCCCUACUGCCCCUACCUGGGCUGACCCUGGUGUAUUUGACACUUAUGUCGCCUAUGGAUUCCCAAAGCUGCUCUCAUUAGCUCAUGCUGCAGGAACCAAGGUCAUGGUUAGUGUUGGUGGCUGGUCAGGCUCCACUCAGUUCUCUACUAUGGCUGCUUCUCAAUCCAACCGUAAGGCAUGGAUUGAUUGGAAUGUCAACUUUAUCAAGCAGUACAACACGGAUGGUGUGGAUAUUGAUUGGGAGUAUCCCACUGCAAAGGGUGCAGGCUGUAAUGCUGUCAAUCCCAAUGACGUCCAAAACCUCAACUUGCUUGUAAAGGAACUCCGUGCUGCCUUAGAUGAAAACUUCCCUAACGACCACAAGGAAAUCACAAUGGCUGUUCAUAUCACACCUUUUGGUGGUGACACACCUGUCAAGGAUGUAUCCGGAUUUGUUCCUUAUGUUGACCGUUUCCACAUCAUGGCCUUUGAUGUCAACGGUGCCUGGAACAGUACAAGCGGCCCCAACGCACCUUUCCACAACGCACCUGGAUUUGGUUAUCCUGCAGGUUUCGUUGAAGGCAUUGAAUCAUGGAAAGCAGCUGGUGUACCUUACAACAAGAUUGCCGGUGGUGUUGCCUUUUAUGGUCGUGCUCAAACCUUGACUGUCAGCAGUGCACCUGAGACACAGUACAACCCAGCAGUGUCUCCUAACCCUCCCUUGGGUGAUUCAUUGGAUGGCCCUUGGCAAGAUGCUUAUUGUCCUUCUGACACCACCGUCGCUUCAGGUGUCUGGAGAUGGAGUAACCUCCGUUCACAAGGUGUACUCCAAACACCUACUACUGCUGCCUCUCCUUGGAUUCGUCACUUUGACAAUGUCACUCAAACUCCUUGGUUGUAUAAUCCUACCAACAAACAAUACAUCUCUUAUGACGAUCCCAUCUCCCUUGGUGUCAAGGCCAAGUAUGCUAUUGACACUGGCUUAGCUGGUCUCUUUGCUUGGAGCGUUGAAGAAGAGAACGGUGAACUCUUGAGUGCUAUAGCCCCCGUCAUCGCAAAUAAUCCUCCUCGUACACCUAUCGGUACAGCUACCCCUACUGCCACAGCUACUGCCACGGCUACUGGCACCAAGACUACGACUGCAGGAACGUCUACUCCUACUUCUUCUGGUGGAUGUGAUGGUGUUCCUACCUGGAAUGCUUCUACAGCUUAUACUGGUGGCAGUCAAGUAGUAUAUAACGGUGAAUUGUACAAGGCUCAAUGGUGGACUCAAGGCGAUACUCCCUCAUUGAAUGGUCCCAGCUGGAGUGCUUGGGUUCCUGUCAAGGCUUGCUAAUAUCACACUUCUUUCUCUUUAAAUAAA